UUGUUUCAUUUCAGGGUGGUAUCCACAUGCCAUUCUUCAGUGAUUGCAGUUUUUGCCUAUAUAUUUUAUUAUCUGAUGGAGCUCUUAUAGCUGAUCCACUUGGGUUUGAUCCAUCACUUGUGAAUGUGCAUAUUGCUAUUACUACAGGCUACCUCAUUUCUGAUGGAGUUGGAGUGGCCAAGGGCAUUUCUACAAUCAGGUUGAAGAAAUAUGGAUACUGUCUCUGAACUGGGCACUGUUUUUGCCAGCUUUCUCAUCUGUCAGGUUCUUUUCCACUUUGUAAGUUCUUGGUUUUCAGCAAAAGUUUCUUGUUUUAAUGAUCUCAGCUUGGAAAAGAAGAUUGACUGGAACUCAAGGGUGGUAUCCACCUGCCAUUCUUUAGUGGUUGGAGUUUUCAGCCUGUAUAUUUUCUUUUUUGAUGAGGCUGCUAUAGCUGAUCCGCUUUGGGGUGAUUCAUUACUUGGGAAUGUGAAUAUUGCUAUUACUACAGGCUACCUCAUUUCUGAUUUGUUGCUUCUCAUUUUAUAUUGGAGAGCGAUUGGUGACAUUGUUUAUGCAGUUCACCAUUGCACAGUGCUAUAUGCAUGCUGCCUUGUACUGAAGGAAGGAAUACUGGCAUACAUUGGGAAUUUUCGUCUGAUAGCAGAGCUUUCCACCCCGUUUGUGAAUCAGCUAUGGUUCUUUAAAACUCUGAAGUAUUCUAAGUCUUCUAAAGCUUACAUCAUCAAUGGAGUACUCAUGACAGUGAUGUUUUUCAUCGUGCGGAUUGCUGUAAUACCUAAUUUUUAUUACUUGAUAUAUCGUGUGUAUGCAACAAAAGCUUACAUCAGGAUUGGAUUACUAACCCAAUAUUCCUGGGUUGGUAGUUGUAUUGUUUUAGAUGUAAUGAAUGUCAUAUGGAUGAUCAAAAUGACAAUGGGGUGGGUGCAUCUAAGUCAACUCCUUAUCCUACAAGAAAAAGCAACCAGAAGUCCUCCUCAUAAUAGAGAAUUUGAUUAAAAAGUGGGAUAUUGAUAAGCAAACUUCAUUACAACUGAUCGGAUGAAUUCUUGGCACAUUUUUGUGUUU